AGAUGUGUAGAGAAAAUAAAGCAAAGCAGGGCCAAGUUCAUGGACCGCAUUCGUAAACUCAAAAAUGAUCAUGAAGCGAAUGAAUCAAGUCUUGUGAAUGACCUCAUGGAAACAGAAUGGCAGGAAAUGAGAAAGGAAAACAAAAGUCUCCCUGAUUUCAGAUCAAAAGAUGGUGCCCAAGAUGAGGUCGAAUAUUUGCUGACAAUAUUUGAUGAAAUAGAGAGAGAAUUAAAACUGGAAGAGCAAAGACUUCUAGAUGAAUAUGAAGACAAUCUCCGUAGUGAUGAGACGGAACUAUGUAAUGCUGUAGAGCGCCUAUCAACCACAGAGGUCAUCUGCCCACUUUGCCAAAAGCAGCCAUUGAUGGAAAACAAAGCCGUGAUUUUCUGCAAAUGUGGUCUACGAAUAGAUACUCAGCAAGACUGCACAGGUCUAUCCUAUCUAUCUCAACAGUUGGCUGAAGGGACAAAGAUACACAGUGCUGAGUGUGAUGAAACUCCACAAUUUUCCCAGCUCUCUCAAAGACAAUUAGGAAUAGAAAAUCUCAUCAUGUCAUGCAAGUCAUGUGACUUCAUGUUUAUCAUCAUAUAGACAAUAUAGAGGGACAAUGUAGAUCCAGAGGAACACAACAGAGUACCAUGAAAUAUAUUGUAGCUCUAUAGGAUGACAUAGCGUGACACUACAUACAUGUAGUUCCAUGAAAGACAUUGUAGGUCUAGGGUUACCAGGCCCGUAGCCAUGAUUUGCCAAGGGG